AACAACCACCACGUGAUCCCCAAGUCCUCAUAUGAUCGAUUCAGAGGUGAUCAUGUGACCCAGCCUUACAGUCUCACGCUUCUCAGUCAGCCCGCAGCUGACCGCUCCGUAAGGACGUCUGGAAACUGAACAUGGGGCUGUUGAAGGAAACCCUGGGUUUCCUGUUACUGUGGGCCUGUCUGGACUCGGCGGGCUCCCGGAGCUGCUCGUCGUUUUUCUGCCGAAAAUCUCACCGUGUCCGCGGCCCGAACGGAGGGGACCCCGGGUCUCCUCUCUUUCUCACUCCUUACCUCGAGAAAGGGGCCAUAGAUGAAGCCAGGAAACUGAGUCUGGUAGGAGAUCUGCCGGGUGCCAACGUCAAAAGCUAUGCCGGGUACCUCACUGUCGACAAAAAAUACAACAGCAACCUCUUCUUUUGGUUCAUCCCUGCACUCAUGCCAAGUCAAGGGAACACUCCAGUCCUGCUCUGGCUGCAAGGCGGACCCGGUGGCACCUCCAUGUUCGGUCUGUUUGUGGAACACGGACCAUAUGUGGUUUAUAAGAACUUGACUGUUGGUUUGAGGGACUACGCUUGGACAACGAGAUAUUCAGUUUUGUACAUUGACAAUCCAGUCGGAACAGGUUUCAGCUUCACUGAUGAUGACAGGGGUUUUGCUCAGAACCAGGACGACGUUGGCAGAGAUCUGUACAGUGCUUUAACACAGUUCUUCCAGAUCUUUCCUGAGUAUCAGUCCCAUGAGUUCUAUGCAACUGGAGAGUCUUAUGCAGGGAAGUACGUUCCUGCCAUUUCUUACUACAUCCAUAAAAACAACCCCACUGCCAAGGUGAAAAUCAACUUUAAGGGGAUGGCAAUCGGUGAUGGGCUCUGUGAUCCAGAAAUGAUGAUCGGUGGUUAUGGUGAGUUCAUGUACCAAACGGGCAUGAUAGAUGAACACCAAAAACAGUAUGUUGUCCAGCAGACGGACUACGGGGUUGAGCUCAUCCAGCAGCAGAAGUGGGUGGAGGCUUUCCAGGUUUUUGAUAGCUUGCUGAACGGCGACGUGGAACCAUAUCCCUCCUUCUUCCAAAAUGCUACGGGCUGCACCAACUACUUCAACUAUAUGACAUGUCAGGAGCCUCUAGACCAGGAGUACUUCUCCCAGUUUGUGACUCUGCCAGCAGUACGACGUGCCAUCCAUGUGGGGAACCUGACGUUUCAUGACGGCUCGGAGGUGGAGAAGCACCUCCUGCAGGAUGUCAUGAAGAGCAUCAAACCAUGGCUGGGGUUGCUGAUGGACAACUACAGGGUCUUAAUCUACAGCGGUCAGCUGGAUGUAAUUGUAGCUGCUCCUCUGACUGAGAGGUUUCUGCCUACCGUUAACUGGACCGGGGCUGCCGAGUACAAAACAGCCCAGCGCUACCACUGGAAGGUUCAGCCCACUGACACAGAGGUGGCAGGUUAUGUGAGACAAGUGCAAGAGUUUUACCAGGUCGUCAUCCGAGGAGGGGGACACAUUCUGCCUUACGACCAACCGGCGAGGUCCUUUGACAUGAUUGACAGAUUCCUUUCAACACGAGGCUGGAUAUGAAAUGGUUUAGUUUUGAAAUACGACACAGCACCGCCAGCCUAAAGAGCUCAUUCGUGAUCAGUGAUUGUUCAUUUGAAAGACUGUUGAUUGUCACGUCCAAUGUAAAUUAGCACAUUUGCAGAUUUGGUACACAUCGUUGCAGCUGAUGUGUUAUUUGUUAGCAUUAUAGCAGUGUUGAUAUUUGGUUUAGGGCUUUGGACUGCUCUGUAAUGCACUACAAAUGAAAUAAGUUCUCUUUGCCUGGGUUCAGGCCUCCGAAUCGCUGCCCACAUUUCAGAAUUGGACUCAAAUAAUAAAAAUUAAAUGAAAGCUAAA